AUGGAUAAAGAGAACCAUAGUUUACGAGAGGGAUUCUUGCUUGUUCAGAAUAUCAGUAAGAAAUGGAAAGUAAGAUGGUUCAUUCUAGAAGAAGAAACUUUGUCCUGUUUUCACAAGAGAAAAAGAAAUUUGAUGAUAGAGAUAUUUCCAUUGAAGGGUUGUGCAAUAGUUUGUCCCUGUACAGAUGAACCUGAGUUAAAUCCUCAAUGUCUAGUAAAACUGUGUAUACCCACUGGUGAAGAGAUUAUGUUGUUAACAGCCGGGGUAGAAGAUAGAGAUGGUUGGGCUCAUGCUAUUGGUGCUGUCCUUCGUUCACUCACUUCUUCUGAAGAGAGAUCACCUCAUAAGAUGCCAUUCAGAGAUUUCAGAGCCUAUGCAAAUGUCAGUGAAAUAAUCGGUGCCAUACAGGAACCAGGAGCUGGUAUAGAAACUUCAACACAUGUUCGUGGCAGCAAUGUUUAUAAAAACUGUUUUAAAGGAAGUGACAUAGUUGAUUGGUUAAUGAGAUGGUCAAUUGUUCGUAACCGCGGUAACGGUGCCGCUAUGGCCCAGACAUUGUUAAAACUAGGUCAUUUCCAGGAAGUAGACUUACAUGAUGGUAGUGGAGGAGUCAGCACCAAUUUUCAUGAUAAUGAUAAACUCUAUAGAUUUACCUCCAUUAACCUAGGAGCUAAACGUAACAGUUACUAUGACAGCACAGACAGUGAGUCGAGCUCUUCAGAAGAAGAAGAUGAAGGUGAAAAAGAUGAACAAAAAGAACGUUUGAAAAAAGGAAAAACCAUUAAAGAGGCUUUCCUAUUGAAAAAGAGAACUCUACGUAAAGGUUGGAAAGUAAUAAAAGCUACAUUAAGAGAUAAUCCUGCUCAUCUUCAGUAUCAAAAAGCUGCCCACUCUGUUGUAAGUGAUAAUAAAGCUGGUACGAUAAUGUAUUUAGAGAAUGGUACAAUAACAGAAUCUUCAAAACCUCCUGUAGAUAAAGGUGGUCUAGGCAGAAGUAAAGGAGCACGAUAUCGUGUUUAUAUUAAAGAUGGUCAGGGCAAGUCUAUAACUCUCCAGUACAAAGAUGAACAGGAGUCAUGUGAAUGGUUACCUGUAUUAAAAACAUCCACUGCCAGUUCCAAACCUGAUAACAAGGGGAAUGAUAAGCCAACUUUAGAUGGCUAA